AUGUUGUUUCGCGGUGGCAGAACCAAACGCUACUGCUUCAUAGUCGUCGGCGGCUGGAACGAGUUCCGACGUCGGCGGACGCCUCCUCCGCGCCCCCGACUACAUAUAAGAAGCGCCAAGUUGCAGCUGCUGCACCGACGUCGCUCACAUGGACGAGAAGCAGAAGAUUGCCGAGGCCGACGGCCUCAAGCGACUCGCCUUUUUCGGUUUGUUCCCUUCGAAUUUCAUUCGGCCGUCCGUAUAUUUCUGAGUUUUUCUUUCGGAUAAGAGAUUAUCCUUUAUAAGCCCAUUUGGUAGAUCAGAAAAGAGGCUUUUUCCCACAAACAGUCUUUGAGAGACUUCUGAUCUGAAUCAGUUUUAAAACAUUCCAAAAAAAAACGAAUUCUUUCUGACUUCUUGCUAUGUUUCCUGUUCUGUUUGCUCACGAAAACUUGUUAGUAGCAGAAAACAUAACCAUUCUCAAAAGUUCCAAUAUUGCUCUACAACAGGAAGGGGGUAACUAAGAUAACAUUUUGAAAAAUCAAAAAUGAUGAAGUUCGUGUUUUGCUUUUUUCAGAGAACCACGUUUUUGAUACCUAAAAAUCGAUAAGCUUUCAAUGAGAUUUUUUUCUAGCUCAAAGGUUAAAAUGGAACUUCAAUAUUCAAACACUUUUAAUUCAUAAAUUUCAAUAAUUUUGCUGUGUUUUUGAGGAGUAUGCUUGGUUCCGAUAAGUUUUUUUUUUAAAGAAAUCAUGUAUUUUUUAAUUUGAGAUACGUUCAAAAGUUUUGUCAAAAGUUGAGAAAAUAGAAUCUUUGAGUUCGCUAUACUUAUUUUGAAGCUCCUUUCAUUCAUUUGUUCUCGAUUGAAAGAUUCACCUUAAAAACUUGAAAAAAAAACUACACUCUUAUUUUCUCAUACCGACAUUUUCACUAGAAAACUAGUUUAGUCUGAUACUGAUCAUCAGAGGCUCAAAAACCGAUUUCGUAGGCAUCUCCGUCUCGACGAUCGCCACUCUGACUGCGAUCAUCGCCGUGCCCAUGCUCUACAACUACAUGCAGCACGUGCAAUCCUCGCUUCAGAACGAGGUUUUUAUCUCUCCAACCUUUUCAAAGUUAAUCUCGAAUGAUUUCCGGUCGAAUUCUGUCGUCACAGGACCGACGGCCUUUGGGAUGAGUUCCACAGGGUUUGUGCCAGUGUCCAAGCACUUUUGACAAGUCUAUGAAGUUUAGUUCGAAACCGUCAAAGGUGUCGAGAGCCGCAUCAAGCGCGGUGUCAAGCGAUCUCGUCUUCAUGGAGCUGAAACCUACGCUCAAGGCGGUGGAGCUGCUGCCGGUGGGGGUGGCGGUGACGGCGGAAGCUGUUGCUCAUGCGGAAUCGGAGCAGCUGGACCUCCGGGACCACCAGGAGACGACGGAAAGCCAGGAGACGACGGAGCUCCAGGAAACGCCGGAGCUGCUGGAAGCGACGCCGAAGCUCAGGCCGCUCCCUCCGCCGCCGACUUUUGCUUCGACUGUCCACCUGGACCAGCCGGACCUGCUGGCAACGCAGGACCGCCUGGCCCACCAGGAAACGCCGGACCGCCUGGAGAAACUCCAUCUGGCGGCGGUCCAGGACCAGCUGGUCCACCUGGGCCACCAGGACCACCAGGAAACGACGGACAACCAGGAGCCCCAGGAAACCCAGGAGCGCCAGGAGAGGUCACUGAAGUUCCAGGAGCUCCAGGACCAGCAGGACCGCCAGGACCAGAUGGACCCCCAGGCCCUGCUGGAAACCCAGGAGCUGCAGGAUCUUCUGAGCCUGGACCACCAGGACCGCCAGGAGACGCUGGACCAGACGGAACACCUGGAAAUCCUGGUGCACCUGGACCUGCUGGAGAGGCUGGAGCCGCUGGAUCCGGAGGUUAGUUGUGUUGAGUCACCUCCGAUAAAUGAGGGUUUUCAGGCGGCUGCGACCACUGCCCACCGCCUCGCACGGCUCCUGGAUAUUAAGCGACACCGCGCGGGUGUUGACGCGUUUGUUCACAAGUUCACAAUCGCUUCGAAUAAAACGUUUCGUUUUCUUCCAUUCACGCCACGCAUCGAAAUGUUUUGA